CCCAAGACCCUGACUGACAUGUUCAUCCAUUUCCUGGUGGUUCAGGCCAAAGUGAAGAAGGUCAAGUAUGAUGGAGGAGCUGAGACAGAUCCACACUGGAGUCCAGAGAGCAGGAAGAUGAUUGGGUCUCUGGGACACCUGGCUUUUCAUCAGCUUCUGAAAGGAAACAUCAUUUUCUAUAAAUCAGACCUGACAGAGUGUGGCAUCGAUAUCAGAGCAGCCUCAGUGUACUCAGGAGUGUUCACACAGAUCUUUAGAGAGGAGACGCGGCUUUACCAUAACCAGGUGUUCUGCUUCGUCCAUCUGAGUGUUCAGGAGUUUCUUGCUGCUCUUCAUGUCCAUCUUACCUUCAUCAACUCUGAAGUCAAUUUGUUGGAGAAGCAACAAACAACCUCCAAGUGGUCUAAAUUAUUCAACAAACCGAAACAACAAUCUCUCCAUCAGACUGCUGUGGACAAGGCCUUACAGAGUCCACAUGGACAUCUGGACUUGUUCCUUCGCUUCCUUCUGGGCCUUUCACUGCAGACCAAUCAAACUCUACUACAAGGCCUGUUGACAGAGACAAGAAGUAGCUCACAGACUAAUGAGAAAACAAUCGAGUACAUUAAGGAAAAGAUCAGAAGUAAUCUGUCUGCAGAGAAAAGCAUCAAUCUGUUCCACUGUUUGAAUGAACUGAAUGAUCGUUCGCUGGUGGAGGAGAUCCAACAGUCCCUGACAUCAGGACACCUUUCCACAGAUAAACUGUCUCCUGGUCAGUGGUCAGCUCUUGUCUUCAUCUUACUGUCAUCAGAAGAAGAUCUGGAUGUGUUUGACCUAAAGAAAUACUCUGCUUCAGAGGAGGCUCUUCUGAGGCUGCUGCCAGUGGUCAAAGCCUCCAACAAAGCUCUACUGAGUAACUGUAACCUGACAAAGAAAAGUUUUGAUGCUGUGUCCUCACUUCUCGGUUCCCAGUCCUCUAGUCUGAAAGAGCUGGACCUGAGUAACAACAACCUCCAGGAUCAAGGAAUAAAGACUCUGUCUGCUGGACUGCGGAAUCAACACUGUAAACUGGAAAUUCUCAGAGUGAAUGACUGUUACCUAGAGAGAUGCUGGGAAGCUCUGUCCUCAGUUCUCAGCUCCCAGUCAUCUAGUCUGAGAGAACUAGAUCUGAGUAACAAUGAUCUGCAGGAUUCAGGAGUGAAGCUUCUGUCUACUGGACUCCAGGAUGAACACUGGAAACUGGAAACUCUCAGACUGAGUGGCUGUAUACUCUCACAGAGAAGUUGUGAAACACUGUCCUUAGUUCUCAGUUUCAAGCACUCUAGUUUGAGAGAGCUGGAUUUGAGUAACAAUGACCUGCAGGAUUCAGGAAUGAAGCUUUUAUCUGUUGGGCUGCAGAGUCCACACUGUGGACUGGAAACUCUCAGACUGAGUGGCUGUAGCCUCUCAGAGAAACGGUGUGAAGCUUUGUCCUCAGUUCUCAGCUCCCCAUCCACUACUCUGAUGGAGCUGGACCUGAGUAACAAUGACCUUCAGGAUUCAAGACUGAAGUUUCUGUGUACUGGACAGCAGGGUCAACACUGGAAACUGAAGACUUUAAGACUGAGUGACUGCAACCUCUCAGAGAGAAGCUGUGAAACUCUGUCCUCAGUUCUCAGUUCGCAAUGCUCUAGUCUGAGAGAGCUGGACCUGAGUAAUAAUGAUCUGCAGGAUUCAGGCGUGAGGCUUCUGUCUACUGGACUCCAGGAUGAACACUGGAAACUGGAAACUCUCAGACUAAGUGGCUGUAGGCUGUCAGAGAGAAGCUGUGAAGCUUUGUCCUCACUUCUUACUUCCCAGUUCUCUAGUUUGAGAGAGCUAGAUCUGAGUAACAAUGACCUGCGGGAUUCAGGAGUGAAGCUUCUUUCUUUUGGACUGCACAGUCCACACUGUCAACUGAAAACUCUAAGCUCCCAAUCCUCUAGUCUGAGAGAGUUGGACCAGAGUAACAAUGACCUCCAAGAUUCAGGAGUGAAGUUUCUGUCUGUUGGACUGCAGAGUGCACACUGUGAACUUCAGACUCUUAGUCUAUCAGGCUGUCAGAUCACAGAGGAAGGCUGUACUUCUCUGGCUUCAGCUCUUAGUUCUAACCCCUCCCAUCUGAAAGAGCUGGACCUAACCUACAAUCAUAGAGGAGACUCAGGAAUGAAGCUGCUGUCAGCUGGACUGAAGGAUCCACAUUGGAGACUGGACACUCUCAGGGUGGAGCCUGCUGGAGUCCAAUGGUUGAGAGCCAAAGAUCUGAGGAAGGAUUCCUGUCAACUCACAAUCGACACAAACACAGUCAAUAGAUACCUGAAACUGUCUGACAACAAGAAGAAGGUGACAUGCGUCUGGGAACGUCAAUCAUAUCCCGAUCAUCCACACAGAUUUGAUCCCAGGUAUCAACUGCUGUGUAGAAAUGGUCUCACUGGUCGCUGUUACUGGGAAGUGGAGUGGAGAGGAAAUGUUUAUAUAUCAGUGAGUUACACAAAAAUCAAAAGGAAAGGAAAAAGUAAAGACGGUUUGUGUGGAUGGAAUGAUCAGUCCUGGAGUCUGUACUGCACUGACGAUGCUCCUCGUUUUGUUAGGCACAAUAAAAUAAGAACAUUCAUCUCCUCCUCCUCUUCAGUCUCUAACAGAGCAGCAGUGUAUGUGGACUGUCCUGCUGGCACUCUGUCCUUCUACAGAGUCUCCUCUGACACUCUGAUCCACCUUCACACCUUUAACUCCACAUUCACUGAACCUGUUUAUCCUGCGUUUGGUUUUUGUUCUCCUGGAUCCUCAGUGUUUGUCUGCUGAGUGUCACCCUGUUAGAGAAACACUCUGGCUGUUGAACAGAUAGUUCAGUCUGUAGAUGUGUGUAUUACAAAUGAUUACUUAUGAAGCUACUAGAGGUGGGGUCAGGCACUGAGGAUCCAAACCCUGUUUCAUUCUAUUGAAGAAGACUGGUUUGAAACACUGUAUGACAUCCCCAUGACGAAUGAUGUUUGAGGCUUCGUACUUCACAAUGAAGACACUGAAAGUAAGGUGACUGAUUCAACCUGGUCUCCCACAAUAAUUUAUAAUUACUUUUGUGUUGAAUUUGGAAUAAACAACAUGUGUGAAUCAUUGGAAA